CACCCAGACUCCUUGCGGGAGCGAGCGCGUCCGGGAGCCCGCGGCCGGAGAAGGGCUGCGGGUUAGGGGGCCGGCGCCCGCGGUUCAGAGUACCUGUGGAGAAGAAACAAUGGAUUCCUUAGACCAUAUGCUGACAGAUCCUCUGGAACUUGGUCCAUGUGGAGAUGGCCAUGGCACGCGCAUAAUGGAGGAUUGCCUCCUGGGAGGCACCCGAGUGAGUCUGCCCGAGGACCUUCUGGAGGAUCCUGAGAUCUUCUUUGAUGUUGUCAGCCUCUCAACAUGGCAGGAAGUGUUAAGUGAGUCUCAACGUGAACACCUCCAGCAGUUUCUGCCUCAGUUUCCUGAAGACAGUGCUGAGCAGCAGAAUGAACUCAUCUUAGCCUUGUUCAGUGGGGAGAACUUCCGCUUUGGAAACCCUCUGCACAUUGCCCAGAAGCUUUUCCGAGAUGGACACUUUAACCCCGAGGUGGUCAAGUACCGGCAGCUAUGCUUCAAGUCACAGUACAAGCGCUACCUCAACUCCCAGCAGCAGUAUUUCCAUCGGCUGCUGAAGCAAAUUCUUGCUUCCCGGAGUGAUCUGCUGGAGACGGCCCGGCGGAGUGGCCCCGCCCUUCCCUUCCGGCAGAAACGCCCUUCACCAUCCCGCACACCUGAGGAGCGGGAGUGGCGGACCCAGCAGCGCUACUUGAAGGUCUUGAGGGAAGUGAAAGAGGAGUGUGGUGACACAGCCCUGUCAUCUGAUGAAGAGGCCACGUUGGAUUUACAAGAACAAUUUUCUUUUGAAGAUCUCAGCUCAUGGCUUCCGAGCUCUCCAGCACGUUCUCCUAGUCCUGCGGUGCCCCUGAGGGUGGUGCCCACACUUUCAACCACGGAUAUGAAAACCGCAGAUAAAAUAGAACUGGGAGACAGUGACCUGAAGAUAAUGUUAAAGAAGCACCAGGAGAAGCGGAAACAUCAGCCAGAUCACCCGGACCUUUUGACAGGGGACCUGACUCUCAAUGACAUCAUGACUCGAGUAAAUGCUGGCAGGAAGGGCUCUCUGGCAGCCUUAUAUGACUUGGCUGUCCUUAAAAGAAAGGUUAAGGAAAAAGAGGAAAAGAAGAAGAAGAAAAUAAAAAUGAUCAAAUCAGAGGCAGAGGACCUGGCUGAGCCGCUAAGCAGUACUGAAGGAGUUGCACCUCUCUCACAGGCCCCCUCUCCGCUGGCAAUUCCUGCUAUCAAGGAAGAGCCCCUUGAAGACCUCAAGCCUUGCCUUGGAAUCAAUGAAAUAUCUUCCAGCUUUUUCUCUCUUCUAUUAGAGAUCUUGCUGCUGGAGAGUCAGGCUAGCCUUCCUAUGCUAGAGGAGCGAGUUUUGGAUUGGCAGUCAUCGCCAGCCAGCUCCCUCAACAGUUGGUUCUCUGCGGCCCCCAACUGGGCUGAGUUGGUACUACCAGCCCUGCAGUAUCUUGCUGGAGAAAGUCGAGCUGUUCCUUCCAGUUUCUCUCCAUUUGUUGAAUUCAAAGAGAAAACGCAACAGUGGAAGUUGCUUGGCCAAUCCCAAGAUAAUGAAAAGGAAUUAGCUGCCCUCUUCCAGCUAUGGCUAGAGACCAAAGAUCAGGCUUUCUGUAAGCAAGAAAAUGAAGACAGUUCAGAUGCCACGACACCUGUCCCUCGGGUAAGAACUGACUAUGUGGUGCGGCCCAGCACGGGGGAGGAGAAACGGGUUUUUCAGGAGCAGGAGCGUUACAGGUAUAGCCAACCCCAUAAGGCGUUCACCUUUCGCAUGCACGGCUUUGAGUCUGUGGUGGGGCCAGUGAAAGGCGUGUUUGACAAGGAGACCUCACUCAACAAGGCUCGGGAGCACUCCCUGCUGCGCUCCGACCGGCCUGCCUACGUCACCAUUCUGUCUCUUGUUCGGGAUGCUGCGGCUCGACUGCCUAAUGGAGAAGGCACUCGGGCGGAGAUCUGUGAACUGCUUAAGGACUCCCAGUUUCUUGCACCAGAUGUCACCAGCACUCAGGUAAAUACAGUAGUGAGUGGUGCACUGGAUCGGCUACAUUAUGAAAAAGAUCCUUGUGUGAAAUACGACAUUGGACGAAAGCUGUGGAUCUACCUGCAUCGUGACCGGAGUGAAGAAGAGUUUGAGCGGAUUCACCAAGCACAAGCAGCUGCAGCUAAAGCCAGAAAAGCCCUUCAGCAAAAACCCAAGCCCCCAUCCAAGGUGAAGUCCAGUAGCAAGGAGAGCUCCAUAAAGGUCCUUAGCAGUGGCCCUUCUGAGCAGAGUCAGAUGAGCCUCAGUGACUCCAGUAUGCCACCCACCCCGGUCACACCUGUAACCCCCACCACACCAGCAUUGCCCGCCAUUCCCAUCUCCCCUCCACCUAUAUCGGCGGUGAACAAAAGCGGCCCUUCCACAGUCUCAGAACCAGCUAAGUCUAGCUCAGGUGUUCUUCUGGUGUCUUCACCAACAAUGCCACAUCUGGGAACAGUGCUUUCCCCAGCUUCCAGCCAGACUACACCCAGUUCUCAGGCUGCUGCCCGGGUGGUGAGCCACUCUGGCUCUGCUGGACUGUCUCAGGUGCGAGUGGUGGCCCAGCCUAGCCUUCCUGCUGUUCCCCAGCAGUCGGCAGGGCCAGCACAGACACUGCCACAGAUGCCAGCAGGACCGCAGAUCCGGGUUCCAGCCACUGCCACACAGACCAAAGUAGUGCCGCAGACAGUAAUGGCCACUGUGCCAGUCAAAGCGCAGACUACGGCAGCCACUGUGCAGCGGCCUGGACCUGGGCAGACAGGGCUCACGGUGACAAGUCUCCCUGCCACAGCCAGCCCUGUGAGUAAGCCAGCCACGAGUUCUCCUGGGACCUCUGCUCCCAGUGCCUCCACGGCUGCCGUCAUUCAAAACAUCACAGGACAGAACAUCAUCAAGCAGGUGGCAAUCACUGGGCAGCUUGGUGUGAAGCCCCAAACAGGCAACAGCAUUCCACUCACAGCCACUAACUUCCGCAUCCAGGGUAAGGAUGUAUUGCGUCUGCCACCCUCUUCCAUCACCACAGAUGCCAAGGGCCAGACGGUUCUGCGAAUCACUCCGGACAUGAUGGCCACGUUGGCCAAGUCCCAGGUUACCACAGUCAAAUUGACCCAGGACCUCUUCGGGACAGGAGGCAACACUACAGGCAAAGGCAUCUCUGCCACCUUACACGUCACUUCCAAUGCAGUCCAUGCAGCUGAUAGCCCUGCCAAGGCCAGUUCAGCCAGUGCCCCUUCAUCCACUCCAGGUACCACUGUGGUCAAAGUGACUCCUGACCUCAAGCCAACAGAAGCCUCAAGUUCGGCUUUUCGCUUGAUGCCAGCUCUUGGCAUGAGUGUGGCUGACCAGAAGGGAAAAAGCACAGUGGCCUCUUCAGAAGCAAAACCAGCUGCCACGAUCCGCAUUGUGCAGGGACUGGGAAUGAUACCUCCCAAAGCAGGCCAGACCAUCACCGUUGCAACCCACGCCAAGCAAGGGGCCUCGGUAGCCAGCGGGUCUGGAACUGUCCAUACUUCAGCGGUGUCCUUGCCCAGUAUGAAUGCUGCUGUGUCCAAGACUGUAGCUGUGGCUUCUGGGGCUGCAAGCACCCCCAUCAGCAUCGGCACAGGAGCCACCACCGUGCGGCAGGUCCCUGUCAGCACCACGGUUGUGUCUACGUCCCAGGCUGGGAAGUUGCCUACACGGAUCACAGUUCCCCUCUCUGUGAUCAGCCAGCCAAUGAAGGGCAAGAGCGUGGUCACAGCCCCCAUCAUCAAAGGCAACCUUGGAGCCAACCUCAGUGGGUUGGGCCGCAACAUCAUCCUCACAACUAUGCCAGCGGGCACUAAGCUCAUUGCUGGCAAUAAGCCUGUUAGUUUCCUCACUGCUCAGCAGUUGCAGCAGCUUCAGCAGCAAGGUCAGGCCACACAGGUGCGCAUCCAGACUGUCCCUGCAUCCCAUCUCCAACAGGGAACAGCUUCUGGCUCCUCCAAAGCAGUCUCCACUGUUGUUGUGACUACAGCUCCAUCUCCUAAACAGGCACCUGAGCAACAAUGAUUAUGAGAGAGGAUGGCUUCCAUGAAAGACCAUGCCUGCCGGGCGUGGUGGCUCACACCUGUAAAUCCCAGCACUUUGGGAGGCCAAGGCAGGCAGAUCACGAGGUCAGGAGAUCGAGACCAUCCUGAACAACAUGGUGAAAUCCUGUCUCUACUAAACUACAAAAAAUUAGCCGGGCGUAGUGGCGUGCACCUGUAGUCGCAGCUACUUGGGAGGCUGAGGCAGGGGAAUUGCUUGAAGCCGGGAGGUGGAGGUUGCAGUGAGCUGAGAUCUUGCCACUGCACUCCAGCCUGCAAGACUCUGUCUCAAAAAAAAGUUUUUUGACCCUUGCUCGAGUAGAGAUGGUGGAGGACAGUGGGGGUGCAAGGAACAGGGAUCUAUCUGCCUGGCAGUACCAGCCCCAAAAGAAGCCAGUCUAGAUUUGCAGGUCAUUUAAUCCUGGCUAUUUCACGCUUCUCAGCCUCAGCUACAGGCAGAGCUCAGGACAAUAUUUUAAAAUGUAAUUAAUUCAAGCACUGGUUGUCAACAAUAUAUGCAUCUCUUGUUUUGGGGCAGCAGUGAGUGGUAAAGGCUUUCUGAGUUGCUGGUGCUUCCCUGUUUCUCUUGAAAGUGCCCAAGUUAUUAAAAACGUAUCUUUAAUUUUUGGAGUGUAUUGAAGCUCUUGUGCGUUGAAGAGGUGGAGCAGGAGGAUGUGGGAUGGAGGCAGCCUGGCUUAGUUGUUGGGUGGUUAGGGGGUUGCGGAGAAGCGGAGGAGGGUCUGGGAGGCUGGUUGGCUCUGCAGCUGUUUCACAGACAUUUUGUUUAAUUCUUAGAGCAAUUUUGUAAAAUCAGUGUCAUCAUUCCUCUUUAACCGUUGGAAGACAUGAGUCUGAGUUGAAGUUAAAGAGAAGCUUCUGAUUCUAAGUCAAGUCUCUCUGUUGCCUUCCUCCGGGCAGGAGGGCUGUGAUGUAUCCUGGCGAGCCUGGGGGCAAUCCAGUCUUAGGAGGUGGGAGGCCUGCAUUGCAGAGAGCAGAGGUGAAUGGGCCUCCCAGGUUGAGCUUGUGAUGGGCAAGUAGACUGGCACGGGAUGAGGUUGGCAGUGGGGAGAGGUAGGGUGCAGUGCGGGGAAAUGGGCCUUUCCACCUGAGAAAGGUGAGUGUGUCUGCAUUUGAUAAUCCUUUGAUAUUUGUGUAUCUGUUAUUUUCAAGAAUCACAUUUCACAUAGAAAGCCAUGUGACAGUUUUUAAAUUAAAAAAAAAAAAAAAGGUAGAAAUUCCAGAGAUCUUGUCUUAGGUAUUUACUGCCAGCUACAAACAAACCCCUUCUGAAUUUACUUAACAAGGAAUUUCAUAAAAGUAGGUCUGGCAUUCAGCCACAGCCCUGCCCACAUUCCUGUUAGCUGAGGUCACCUGAUUCUGCUUGUCGUUUUUGCACAUGCAGAUGUGUGCAUUCUGGAGAGCAGGGAGUGAGUGUAAAGUUCAGGUUGCUUCAGGAUGCUGACACCUCAGGAAGUGUAAAUUCGGCACUAUACAGCCUGUGGGUGGAAUAGCAAUAGCAUAGAAUGGAAACUCCCUACUAGAGCUGUUUACGGUGACAGCCCAGGAUUUGUGCCACACUUGCUUCCUUCAUAUGCUGGCUUCAGGUUUCUGAUAGAUGAAUGGCACAGCUAUGGGUGAGUGUUUUGUUUUUGUUUUUGAGAUGGAGUCUUGCUCUGUCGCCAGGCUGGAGUGCAGUGACACAAUCUCGGCUCACUGCAACCUCCGCCUCCCGGGUUCAAGUGAUUCUCCUGCCUCAGCCUCCCAAGUAGCUGGGACUACAGGUGCUUGCCACCACACCAAGCUAAUUUUUAUAUUAUUAGUAGAGAUGGGGUUUCACCAUGUUGGCCAGGAUGGUCUCGAUCUCUUGACCUCAUGAUCCACCUGCCUUGGCCUCCAAAAGUGCUGGGAUUACAGGCGUGAGCCACUGUGCCUGGCUGGGCCAGCCAGCUUUUCUGAAAGACCUCAUGCUCUUACACAUUACAAGCGGUUGUGAGAACCAAAUGAGAUAGGGUGCAUUUCAGAAUCUGAAAAAUACUACGCACGUGGAAAGUAUUAUUUGGUCUCUAAGGCCCAUCAGCUUGGUCCUAACUCGCUUUUAUCAGUUUGUAGAACUUUUUAAGUUCUCCGUAUUUUUUUAUGCUUUCAUUUUUUAAUGUGCUACACUCUCUACCUGGGAUAUACUUUUUCUACAGGGCGAGCUCUGCAUUUCCCCUCCUCUCCUUUUUCUCAUCGUGGUUUGUACUUGCCUCUCAGCACCCAUCACACUGGAUGUAACUACUGGCAUGUUUCUCCUGUUUGACUAUAAACUCCUUGCUGGACACAUAUCUCAGGAGUCCUUACAGCCAUUUCAGUGCUGUUGCAAAGUGGAUAUUUAAUAAAUAUUUGUUGAAGGAA